CGCGAGUUCGCGGAGGCGCAGCCGGCGGACGCGGAGCCGCGCGCCGAGUACGACUUCGUGGUGGUGGGGGCGGGCUCCGCGGGGGCGGCGCUGGCGGCGCGGCUGUCGGAGCGGCCGGGCAGCAGCGUGCUGGUGCUGGAGGCGGGCGGCGACGAGGCGCUGGUGCCGGGCGGAGUGCCGCUGCUGGCGCCGCUGCUGCAGCUCGGCCCGCAGGUGUGGCGCCACCGCAGCCGCCCCGACGCCGCCGCCUGCCUCGGCUACGUGGGCCAGCAGUGCAACCUGCCCAGGGGCAAGGUGCUGGGCGGCUCCAGCAGCGUCAACUACAUGAUCCACACGCGCGGCAACCGGCGCGACUACGACGGCUGGGCCGCGCUGGGGAACCCCGGCUGGAGCUACGACGACCUCCUGCCCUACUUCCGCAAGCUGGAGAACGUCUCUGGCGUUCCAGACCUGGCGGCGGACACCGAGUUCCGAGGCACGUCGGGCCCCGUGUCCGUGGAGCGGCCGUCCUUCCGCACGCCGCUGGCCACUGCGUGGGUGUCGGCCGCUCAGGAGCAGCUGCGGCUGCCGCCGGCCGACUACAACGCCGCGGACCAGGCCGCCGUCAGCUUCCUGCAGGGCACCACCCGCGACGGCACGAGGUGCAGCACGUCCAGGGCCUACCUGCUGCCGGCCAGGCACCGCCCCAACCUGCACGUCAGCAAGCGCUCUCUCGUCACCAAGGUCGUCAUCGACGGCACGACCAUGAGAGCAACCGGGGUGGAGUUCGAGCGCCAGGGCCGGCGGCGUAGUGUGCGCGCGCGCCGCGAGGUGGUGCUGUCUGCGGGCGCCGUCAACACGCCGCAGCUGCUGAUGGUGAGCGGCGUGGGGCCGCGCCGGCACCUGGAGGCGCACGGCGUGCCCCUGCUGCGCGACUUGCCCGUCGGACUCAACCUGCAGGACCACGUGACGCUGGGCGGGCUGACGUUCCUGGUGAACGCGACGGGCGACCUGCAGGACCGGCUGGUGCUGGCCGACGCCGCGGCCUACCUGGCCUUCCUGCGCCGCCGCGGCGGGCCCUUCUCCACGCUGGGCGGCACCGAGGCGGCCGCCUUCUACGACGACGACGGCGACGGCUACCCGGACGUCGAGCUGCUGUUCGCCUCCGUCACCGACAUGAACGCCGCCCUCAUCAGGAUCGCAUCGGGACUGAGGGACGACGUGUACGACGCGGUGUUCCGUCCGUACGAGGGCCAGCACGGCUUCACCGUCGUGCCGUUCCCCCUGCGGCCUCGCAGCCGCGGCAGGGUGCGCCUCGCCUCGUCCGAUCCGCACCAGCAGCCGGUGCUGGAGAUGGGCUACUUCAGCGACCCGCGCGACCUGGAGCUGGUGGUGGCGGGCAUCCGCGCGGCGGAGCGCGUGGCCGGGGGCGGCGCGCUGCGGCGGCUGGGGGCGCGCGCCCUGCCGCCGGCGGUGCCCGCGUGCGCGCGCCUGCCCGCCGGCUCGGACGCGCACUGGCGCUGCGCGGCGCGCCACCUCUCGUUCACCAUCUACCACCAGUGCUGCACGGCGGCCAUGGGGCCGCGCGGCGUGCUCGACGAGCGGCUGCGCGUGCGCGGCGUCGCGGCGCUGCGCGUCGUCGACGCCUCCGCCAUGCCGCUCAUCCCCUCCGGCCACACCAACGUGCCCGUCAUCGCGCUGGCCGAGCGCGCCGCCGACCUCAUCGCGGAGGACCACCGGGGGGCCUAGCCGGCAGCAGGUCUGGGGCCGGCCCCCGUCGACCGCUUCACCGUCCACUGUGCCACUCCUUUAAACAUUUCCUUCGUCUCCUGCACUGUUUCGACCGACAUCGACGACGUAUCGUCUGUGACAAUCGCACAGAUACCAAUAACGCCAGAUGUCACACACCGACACACAAAGAUGACACGACGAUCUCUAUUACUUAGUGUAUUACAAAAUACAGUAUACGAGGUGAGACAUACUGGCAGAUUACAACUCUGUGCCGGACGGAGACUCGUACUCGGGACCUUCGCCUAUCGCGACCAAGUGCUCUACCGAUUGAGCUACCGCAGCACGACUUAAGGCCGGUUCCCACUAGGGAUGCCGCGCGUCAAAACCGCGCGUCAUCGGCGUGGUUGCCAUGGAAACGGCGCCAGCAGCGCGGCGCGGCGGGCUCUGCGUCGCGGUUUGACCAUGUCGAACCGCUUCCGCUGCCGCGUGACGCGCCCCAGGUCCGCGCCUCCAAUCACAGAACGCGCUGAGCGUGACCUCACGUACGGAACCCCGGGCCACACGAAAUUCGCCGAACCGCUGGCGCGGACGCGGCGGCAGCCAUGAAAUACUUAUCAUCCGAUUCUGAGGAAACUAUUCGGUAGAAAAAUUUGAUUCUUGGGCAUGUUACAGCCUGAUAUCUUCUCUCGAUAAAGGACGGAAUUUCUUUUCGUUAUUCAUCGCGGUUACUUGCUGUAUCGCACUUACAUAAACCUUUGCACGAAAUUUUAAUGAGUGUGCAGAGGUAAAAACGCAUUGCGUGGACUUUGCGUACAGUUCAUUUUAAGUAACACAUUAUUGCGUAUGAAAUUUAGUCAACAUAUCGAAAUUGUUUUUAAAGCUGAGAGCAGAUCGACAACUAUCACCGUUCUCGAGAUAUUGAAUGAUAUGUCGGCGGACAGGCUGUGCCGUGACAGCGCGCGGCUCGCUCGCGUCGCGACCGGUACUUCGUCCUGCUCGUUGUAAACCAUGUGGUUGUAUCAACUGCAAAUUUCGUAAACGGUUCAAGAAAUCGAAACGUGGUUUUUUGCAAACGAUAACUUGUGGAAAGUCAUGUAUUUCGUCGCAUGAUAAAUAUCCAAAAUCUGUUUAUCUACCGAGAUAUGAAAGUAACUACAGUUUUUCAGAAAGAAUAUAUGAAUUUUUUACAUGGCAUUUAAUAGCAUGUGAAAUGAGAAGUUAAAGCGAAACUAAUUUCCAAAUUUUGCAGGAGAGCUUCUGUGAAGUUUGAAUUUUGGAAAGUAGGAGAUGGGGUAUUGGCACAAGUAAAGCUGUGAAGAGACAACGUGCGUCGUGCUCGGGUGGCUCCGUAGGUAGAGAGCUUUGCCCAGCACAGGGAAAGGUUCCGAGUUAGAAUCUUGGUCUGGCACAUUGUUUUAAUCUGUCAGGAAGUUUCAUAUCAGCACACUCUCCGCUGCACACUGAAUAUUUCAUUGGAUCGGAUUGUUUGGGGGAGGAGACCAGACGGCGAGCUCGUCGGUCUGAUCCGAAUAGGGAAGGACGGGGAAGGAAGCCGGCCGUGCCCUUUCAAAGGAACCAUCCCGGCAUUUGCCUGGAGCGAUUUAUGGAGAUCACAGAAAACCUAAACAAGGAUGGCCAGACGCGGGAUUGAACCGAAUGCGAGUCCAGUGUGCUAGCCACUGCGCCACCUCGCUCGGUGAAUAUUUCAUUCUGGAGGUGUGUGAGAAACGUCAUGACACCAAUAACUGAUGUGCAGCCAUCAUAUAACUGUCAUUCAAGCAAUAUUGACGAUAUUCAGACCAGUUAUCAAUCGUGUGAUUAUUGCCAAACAUGUUUCGGGAUAACAUUAUCCUAUUUUCAAGUGCUUAAAAAGUUUUUUAUGCCAUUACGUCUCGUCACAACAGUUGGAAACUGGAUCUCGUGAACGAUGCAUGCUUCGUCUUGUAUUUUUUUUAUAUUUAUGGCUUGUUUCCAACUUGUGACGAGGCCUAAUGGCAUUAGGCACCUGAGAAUGGGAUAAUGUUGUUCCGAAAAAUGUUUGACACUAAUCACACGAUUGACAACUGGGCUGAAUACUCACAACAUUGCAAUAAAGACACCGGUUUUUUGAUUACCAGACUUUUGUUUUUCAAACAACCAUCUUGUCCACUUCAAAGUAGUUUCUUCCCGCAGCUAUGCACCGGCGGAGUCGUCCUACCCACUCUUGGCAGCAGCUCUGAAGGACUUCAACUGGUACAGCCUUCAACAUGUCGAUGACAUUCUUUUGAAUGUUCUCCUGAGUACCAAAAUGACGUCCUUCUGAGAGAUUUUUUAACUUCCGGAAAAGAAAAAAGUCACGGUCUCAGAUCAGGUGAAUAGGAGGGCUGUGAAACAACAGUAACGUUUUUUGAGGUCAAAAAUUCCAUGACGGAAGUGGCCGUGUGACACGGGGCGUUGUCACGGUGCGGCGUCCACUUGUCUGCGGUGUCCAGUCUCACUGGAGUCACCCUUUUCUUGAGCUUUUCAAGGACAAUGUUUGUGAAACACUUCGUUGACAUUUUGCCCUGGAGCAACACAUUGUUCAUGCACGACACGCCUACUGUCAAAAAACAAAUCAGCAUUGUUUUGAUGUUUGAUUUGCUCAAUCCAACUUUCUUUCGGUCGAGGAGAUGUCUCAGUGUGCCUCUCCUGACUCUGCAACUUUGUCUAAGAAUCGUACUAAAAAAUCCAGGAUUGACCACCUGUGAUCUCCUUCGUGAUCAUUGGCAACCCACUCAAGACUGUACUUGUGCUCAGUUGUGAGGUUUGUUGCCACAAUUUUAGCACAAAUCUUUCGAAUGUGCAAAUCUUCGGUCAAAAUUUGAUGUAAGGUGAAAGCGUGAGUUUAACAGGUGACCCAUCAUCGUUAUUGUUAAACAUCGGUCUGAUCUCAAAACAGCAAGCACACGUUCAACGUUUUCGUUGGUUUUUGAAGCUGAAGAUCUCCCUGAGCGAGGUUCAUCUUCAACGGGUUCUCGGCCUUCCAAACAGGAUUUGUGACAGCGAAAAACUUGUGCUUUUGCAAGAAAUGUCCCCCGCAGACCUGUUUCAACUUUUCAAAGGUCACACGCGUGGAUUUCCCAAGCAUACGAGAUGUUAUAACGUUGGCCUAAAUUCCGCUGCUCCAUUUUAAUAACGCACAACAAAAACGUGACUUCAUUGAUGGCGCUCACAAAAAUAACGUGAUGGCAGUACGGAGCUGAACUCGGACUGAGGGAUGAACAGAGCGGUCUGCGCAAGCAGAACACAGCGCUGCCAGAUCGCUCCCAGUGCUUUUCUUGCACACCUCAUAUUGUGAUAAGUAUCGGGACACCUACUAGUGGACAUUAAUAUCGGGUCUGUCCACACCUCACCUUUAUGACAGCUUGAAUUGUGUUGGGUGUCUGGCUGUCUGUGCAGGAGCGGUAACCCAUUCUUCCUCAAACGCCGGAACUAGAGCAGGUAGUGAUGUUGGACGCUAAUGUCUGCAACGAAGUGGACAUUCUGACUGAUCCCAAAGCUGUUCA